GGUGAUUCCUAGGAGAGAGAAGCAGCUGAAAACUGCACUUGGACCUGUACUGUGGGGACCAGAUUCAUCUACGUUGGCAGGUUGCUAUGACCCAACCACAAAUGGCUCCCAUUUGCCUUGUGGAAAACCACAAUGAACAGCUGUCAGUGAACCAGGAAGCCAUAGAGAUUCUGGACAAGAUUUCUCAGCCAGUGGUAGUCGUGGCUAUUGUUGGAUGGUCCCGUACUGGGAAGUCCUAUUUGAUGAACUGUCUGGCGGGACAGAAUCACGGCUUCCCUCUGGGCUCCACUGUGCAGUCUCAAACCAAGGGCAUCUGGAUGUGGUGCAUGCCACACCCCACCAAGCCAGAGCACACCCUGGUCCUCCUGGACACCGAGGGCCUGGGGGAUGUGGAAAAGGGUGAUCCUAAGAACGACUUGUGGAUCUUUGCCCUCAGUGUGCUUCUGAGCAGCACCUUCAUCUACAACAGCAUGAUCACCAUCAACCACCAGGCCCUGGAGCAGCUGCAUUAUGUCACAGAACUCACAGAGCUGAUCAGAGCAAAGUCUUCCCCAAAUCCUGCUGGAAUAAAGAAUUCCACAGAGUUUGUGAGUUUCUUUCCAGACUUUGUCUGGAUUGUUCGGGAUUUCAUGCUGGAGCUGAAGUUAAAUGGGGAAGACAUCACAAGUGAUGACUACCUGGAGAAUGCCUUGAAGCUGAUCCCAGGUGACAAACCCAGAAUGCAAGCAUCCAAUUCAUGCAGGGAAUGCAUCAGACUUUUCUUUCCUAACCGGAAGUGUUUUGUCUUUGACCGGCCAACGCAUGACAAAGAACUUUUACAAAAACUUGAUUCUAUCACAGAAGACCAACUGGAUCCUAAGUUCCAGGAAGUAACAAAGGCUUUUGUUUCUUACAUCUUCACUUAUGCCAAGAUCAAGACCCUAAAAGAGGGAAUUAAGGUCACUGGGAAUAAACUAGGGAUUCUGGUGACAACCUAUGUGGAUGCCAUCAACAGUGGAGCAGUGCCUUGUCUGGAUGAUGCUGUGACAACUCUGGCCCAGCGUGAGAACUCAGUAGCUGUGCAGAAAGCAGCCGACCACUAUAGUGAGCAGAUGGCCCAGCGACUGAGGCUUCCUACAGAAACGCUCCAGGAGCUGCUGGAUGUGCAUGCAGCCUGCGAGAAGGAAGCCAUGGCUGUCUUCAUGGAGCAUUCCUUCAAGGACGAAAAUCAGCAAUUCCUGAAGAAGCUGGUGGAAUUAAUAGGAGAGAACAAAGAGCUUUUCCUGUCGAAGAAUGAAGAGGCAUCAAAUAAAUACUGUCAAGAAGAACUGGAUCGACUUUCAAAGGAUUUUAUGGAAAAUAUUUCAACAUUUUUUGUUCCUUGUGGACACAAGCUUUACAUGGACAAGAGGGAGAAGAUUGAGCAUGACUACUGGCAGGUUCCCAGGAAAGGGGUGAAGGCAAGUGAAGUCUUCCAGAGCUUUCUGCAGUCACAGGCCUUCAUCGAGAGUUCCAUCUUGCAGGCAGAUACAGCGCUCACUGCUGGGAAGAAGGCCAUUGCAGAGGAGCGUGCCCAGAAGGUGGCGGCAGAGAAGGAGCAGGAUCUGCUAAGACAGAAGCAGAAGGAGCAGCAGGAGUAUAUGGAGGCUCAAGAGAAAAGUCACAAGGAAAACAUAGAGCAACUGAGGAGAAAGCUGAUGCAGGAGAGAGAGCAGCUCAUCAAAGACCAUAACAUGAUGCUGAAGAAGCAGCUGAAGGAUCAAAAGGCUUUCCUUGAGGAAGGAUUUAAGAAGAAAGCUGAGGAAAUGAACAAAGAGAUACAGCAACUGAGAGAUGUCAUCAAGGAUAAGAAAAGAAACACUGAUCGAAUUAAGGAUGCUCUCUUAAAUGGAUUUUCUACAGUUCUUUUUCAUUACCUUGUCCGUUAUCUAAAGCAUUUAUGAUUGAGUCCUUCACAUUUGUGGAAAUGAUAGACUGUGAAAUACACUUUGUUUCAUACAUGCCUGCAAAGACAAUGUUAGCCUUUAGAGGACACAUUUUUGAAAUGAGCCCUAUGGAAGCUAUGCAAGUAGUAAUUACAUGUGAUUACUGUUGGCCAAUUUGACUGCAUAGAGAAUCAGCAAGGAGACAAGGUUUUCUGUACUCCUAUGAGGACCAUGUAGCCCAGGUUAGCUUGUGGGGGACUGUCUCAGGUUAAUAUUGUAGGAAACACAUCCUACGGGUAGGCAGCACUGUUCCUGUGGACUGAAGAAACAGAGAAAGAUGAAAACAAAUGACCCUACCACUUGUGGCUUCCUGACUGUGGAUGCUAUACAACAAGCCAGGCUCAACUUCUCUCAGAAUGCAUUCUCCAGCCUUGACACAAUGUAUCAUCAUGAUUCAUAGACCCCAACAAACCCUUUCUUAAGUUGGUUUUGUGAGGGUAUUUCAUCUCAGCAAGAGGAAAAGUCAUUGAUAUCAUAAUCGUGAUAAUCCUGGAAACUACUUAAACAUCACUUGUUAGAUUGGCAAUGAAAUUUAAUAUGACUUGAUCUUGGCGUACUAUAUAGUCAAGAAACAAAUGUCAGUCAAGCUAUCUGUAAAAUGAUCUGAAUUGUACUAAAAUGUACCCAAAAGAUAAAGUCAAAACACCAUACAACUGUGUGAUUAUUAUUAGAAAUGCUACUAUCCCAUGCAAACAUACAAGAACACAAAUGAAAUGCCCUCUGGAAGAUUAGUAAAAAGCCUGGUCUACUGGCUUCAUCUAGAGAGAUUAAGUUGGAGCCAAAAGUUGAAGGGAUGUGUGCAUUCCAUGACGUUCUCAGUCUUACACAUUUCAUGAAGAGUGCUGGGAAAGUGACAGUGAUAGUGACAAUAAGUUAAAACUCACCACUGCAUGAUGAAACAUCUGCUUCUAGAAAUGGUAUAAGCCACUAGAAGUCACCCAAGAACAAGACUUGAGUACCAGGAAGCAUAACAUUUGCAGCUUAAUGAUGUUUUCCUUUAAGGCUUUCCAUUUUUAAAAGUAAUUUAAAUAGUGCAUUUUUUUGUAAAACCACAUAUCAAAAUGUUAUUUCAACAGGCAAUCAAAAUAAUUUAUGCAUGCUUUUUACAUCAAAUUUAUUUAUUUGCAAAGUAACAGGGAAACUGUAUUAAGAGCCAUAUGAUAAUAUAGAAUAUAAGAGAAUACAUGGGGCACAUGGGAGGUGGAGAGCUCAGAGAUGGCUCUGGGUCAAGAAUGCACAAUGCUUAUCCAGGGUAGCUCAGUUCCUGGGGCAGGUAACAACUACCUGUAAAUCUAACUCCAAGGGACCUGACUUCCUUUUCUCAAACCCAAGGGUCACUGUUACUUCCAUCACAUAUCCUCAGCUUACACAUAUACAUACUUACAAGUAAGAUUUAAAGGAAUAUACUGUUAACAUUGAUAAUGGACCAUAUGAGUAAAGACACAAGGACACUUAUUAGUGCAUUAAUGAAUAUGAUUUAUUUAAGGUGUACCCACCCCAGCUCCUCUAAGACAUCCUCAAAUUACCCUCGCACCUUCAUGUCUUCUCUUCCCCCACCUCUUCC